CUCCGACGCCAGCAUGCCGCGUCCGGGCCCCCGCCUGUGGCUGGUCCUGCAGGUGAUGGGUUCGUGCGCCGCCAUCAGCUCCAUGGACAUGGAGCGUCCGGGCGACGGCAAGUGCCAACCCAUCGAGAUCCCGAUGUGCAAGGACAUCGGCUACAACAUGACCCGCAUGCCCAACCUGAUGGGCCACGAGAACCAGCGCGAGGCCGCCAUCCAGCUGCACGAGUUCGCGCCGCUGGUGGAGUACGGCUGCCACGGCCACCUCCGCUUCUUCCUGUGCUCGCUGUACGCGCCCAUGUGCACCGAGCAAGUCUCCACCCCCAUCCCCGCCUGCCGGGUCAUGUGCGAGCAGGCCCGGCUCAAGUGCUCCCCGAUCAUGGAGCAGUUCAACUUCAAGUGGCCCGACUCGCUGGACUGCAGCAAGCUCCCCAACAAGAACGACCCCAACUACCUGUGCAUGGAGGCGCCCAACAACGGCUCGGACGAGCCCUCCCGGGGCUCGGGCCUGUUCCCGCCGCUCUUCCGGCCGCAGCGGCCGCACGGCGCGCAGGAGCACUCGCUCAGGGACGCGGGCCCGGGGCGCGCCAGCUGCGACAACCCGGGCAAGUUCCACCACGUGGAGAAGAGCGCGGCGUGCGCGCCGCUGUGCACGCCCGGCGUGGACGUGUACUGGAGCCGCGGCGACAAGCGCUUCGCGGUGGUCUGGCUGGCCGUGUGGGCUGUGCUGUGCUUCUUCUCCAGCGCCUUCACCGUGCUCACCUUCCUCAUCGACCCGGCGCGCUUCAGGUACCCCGAGCGCCCCAUCAUCUUCCUCUCCAUGUGCUACUGCGUCUACUCGGUGGGCUUCAUCAUCCGCCUCUUUGCCGGCGCCGAGAGCAUCGCGUGCGACCGGGACAGCGGGCAGCUCUAUGUCAUCCAGGAGGGGCUGGAGAGCACGGGCUGCACCCUCGUCUUCCUCGUCCUCUACUACUUCGGGAUGGCCAGCUCGCUCUGGUGGGUGAUUCUCACGCUCACCUGGUUCCUGGCUGCCGGCAAGAAGUGGGGCCACGAGGCCAUCGAGGCCAACAGCAGCUACUUCCACCUGGCGGCCUGGGCCAUCCCGGCCGUGAAGACCAUCCUGAUCCUGGUGAUGCGCAGGGUGGCGGGCGACGAGCUCACGGGCGUGUGCUAUGUGGGCAGCAUGGACGUGAACGCCCUCACCGGCUUCGUGCUCAUCCCGCUGACCUGCUACCUCGUCAUCGGCACUUCCUUCAUCCUCUCCGGCUUCGUGGCGCUCUUCCACAUCCGGAGGGUGAUGAAGACGGGCGGGGAGAACACCGACAAACUGGAGAAGCUCAUGGUGAGGAUCGGAGUCUUCUCUGUGCUCUACACGGUGCCGGCCACCUGUGUGAUCGCCUGCUACUUUUACGAGCGCCUCAACAUGGAGUACUGGAAAAUCCUAGCCACUCAGCACAAGUGCAAAAUGAACAACCAGACCAAAACUCUGGACUGCCUGAUGGCCGCGUCCAUCCCGGCCGUGGAGAUCUUCAUGGUGAAGAUCUUCAUGCUGCUGGUGGUGGGCAUCACCAGCGGGAUGUGGAUCUGGACGUCCAAAACCCUGCAGUCCUGGCAGAACGUUUGCAGCCGCAGGUUCAAGAGGAAGAGCAGGAGGAAACCCGCCAGUGUGAUCACCAACAGUGGGAUUUACAAAAAAGCCCAGCAUCCCCAAAAAACCCAUCUUGGAAAAUAUGAAAUCCCUGCCCAGUCUCCCACCUGUGUGUGAACUGC